AUGGAAAUCAAGGAUAAAAACCUCUUUAAAUGGCCGAUCAAAACAAAGCCAAUCUCGUAUCCCUGGGAUCGGUGUUGGUAUUGCCUGUUCCAUCGAGAAACCGGACAUAAUACCUCCGAGUGCAUUCGUCUUAAGGAGGAAAUUGAGUCCAUAAUACAGAAUGGGUAUCUCAAAGAAUUUGUAGACCGGCGACGAGGGACCCUCCCCUCUACAUCGAAAGAAAAAUCUCUAGUCAAAAUCCAAGACCCCACGAGAGAAAUUCGAACAAUAUCUAGCGGUCCCGUAGGAGGGGAGUCAAGUAGAAAGCGAAAGAUUCAAGCCAGACAGGCACGGGUAAGGCUAUAUGAUCAUACUAUUUAUACUGCUACUACUAACCAUAAGACCCCUACUCUGUGUUUCAAUGCACUUGAGGCUCAGGUUCUUCAUCAACCUCAUAAUGAUGCACUGGUCAUUACGCUGGUUAUAGCGAAUAUUAGAGUGCACCGCAUUCUAGUGGAUGGGGGAAGUUCGGCUUAUGUGCUCACCUUAAGAACAUUUGACGAAAUGCGUAUUGGAUGA